AUGGAAGAUAGACUUCAUAUGGACAAUGGACUGGUACCCCAAAAGAUAGUCUCAGUACACUUGCAGGACUCCACUCUGAAAGAACUUAAGGACCAGGCCCCAACCACGCAAGCCCCGGUCAUUCAGUCGGACCCCGACUCUUCUGUGGAGAUUAAGCCUGAGUGGGACACUAUGGCACAGGUUGACAAAGAUGACCCGGAGGUUCAUGGUGAAGAACCCGAACAGGGGCGAGACAGUGCCUCGGGGAGACAGCCUUCUGGGGAAAGUGACAGAGGGGCAGGCUCCGUUGAGCAUUGUCAUCUCCAUCUGUCUAGCUGCCACGAGUGUUUGGAACUGGAGAAUAGCACCAUUGAGUCGAUCAAGUGUGCAUCUGCAGAGAACAUUCCAGAGCUUCCCUAUGAUUGCAGCGGCAGCUUGGAGAGUGUUGCUGAUGAGCCUUGUGCUGAGAGAGAAGGGAGGAGAGUCCACAUCACUGGCAAGGUACCCAACAUCCUAGUCUACGUGGGCCCUGAUUCUAAGGAAACCCUCGCCAGAUGCCAGCAGGUUCUGGCAGUUCUGGCUGACUGUGUGGACACAGACCAGUACACGGUCUACCAUUUGCUGGAGGAGAGUGCUCUCAGAGACCCGUGGCCAGACAACUGCUUGCUGCUGGUGGUUGCCACCAAGGAGCCCAUCCCUGAAGUUCUGUUCCAGAAGAUCAUGGUCUAUCUUUCUCAGGGAGGGAAGGUGCUGGGUUUGUCUUCGUCCUUCACGUUUGGUGGCUUCCAGGUAACAAGCAAGGGGGCACUGCAGAAGGCAGUCCAGAACUUGGUUUUCUCCAGGGCUGACCAAAGUGAAGUGAAGCUCAGUGUCCUAAGCAGUGGCUGCAUUUACGAGGAGGGCCCUGGGGAGCGGCUCAGCCUGGGCAAGCUCCAGGGUCAUCUGGACAACGAGGACAAGGACAGGAUGAUCGUGCAAGUGCCUUUUGGGACACAUGGAGGAGAGGCUGUUCUUUGCCAGGUGCACUUAGAACUCCCACCCAGCUCUUUGAUGGUACAAACUCAAGAAGAUUUUGAUUUGCUGAAAGCCAGCAAUUGUAGCAGAUACGAAGUCCUUAAGGAGAUCCUGACAUCCCUUGGCCUAAGCUGUGAAGUGAGACAAAUUCCUGCCCUAACGCCUCUCCAUUUGCUGUCAGCUGCUGAGGAAUCCCAGGAUCCUCUUAUGCGGUGGCUGGGGAAACAUGUGAGUCCUGAAGGAAUAAUAAAAUCCAGCAAAGUCUCCCUUAAGUUUGUUUCAUCCUACACAUCUGACAUAGAAAUAACCCCAUCUUCUAUUCCUGUUGUUACGGACUCAGAAGUCUUCUCAUCAGAAAAUUUUAGCUUAGAGAUCUAUCGGCAGAAUCUGCAGACAGAACAACUUGGGAAAACAAUUCUGUUUGCUGAAGUGACACCCACCACGAUGAGCCUUCUGGAUGGGUUGAUGUUUAAGACGCCACAGGAAAUGGGUUUAAUAGCCAUCGCAGUCCAGCAGACGCAAGGCCAAGGACGAGGAAGGAAUGCUUGGCUGAGCCCAGUGGGAUGUGCUCUCUCUACUCUACUUGUCUCCAUCCCGCUAAAAUCCCAGCUGGGACAGCGAAUCCCUUUUGUUCAGCAUCUGAUGUCAUUGGCCGUGGUGGAAGCCGUGAGAUCGCUUCCUGGGUACCAGGAUAUCAACUUGCGAGUGAAGUGGCCCAAUGAUAUUUAUUACAGUGACCUCAUGAAGCUUGGUGGAGUUCUGGUUAACUCAACGCUUAUGGGAGAAACAUUUUAUAUACUUAUUGGCUGUGGAGUGAAUGUGACUAAUAGCAACCCUACCAUAUGCAUCAAUGAUCUUGUCACAGAAUACAAUAAGCAACACAGGACAGAUCUGAAGGCCUUAAGAGCUGAUCUUCUCAUCGCUCGAACUGCGACAGAGCUGGAGAAACUGAUCAGCACAUUUCAGGACAAUGGGCCCAAUGGUGUACUCCCCUUGUAUUAUAAAUACUGGAUACACAGUGGCCAGCAAGUCCGUCUUGGAAGUGCGGAGGGACCAGAGGUGUCCAUAGUCGGCUUAGAUGAUUCUGGGUUCCUUCAAGUCCAUCAGGAAGGCGGCAAGGUUGUGACUGUGCAUCCGGACGGCAACUCCUUCGACAUGUUGAAAAACCUUAUCCUUCCCAAACGGAAGUAG